CAACAUCUACGGUGCGGCUUAUAUUCCAACCCCUAUACGUAUGUUGUUUUUUUGAACUGAUUUGUUUUAAAAUGAGCAUACCGGGUAGCGGAGUCGAUAUGUCUGCUCUCAUGUCACAGCAUCCCGUAUUAGGUGCAAUUCCUCCAGCUUUUUUUCUUAGAGCCUCAGAAAGAUAUCAAAGGACGCCAAAAUGUGCACGAUGUCGAAACCACGGUGUUGUAUCAGCUUUAAAAGGACACAAGAGAUAUUGUAGAUGGCGAGACUGUAAUUGCGCCAAAUGUACUCUUAUUGCUGAACGUCAAAGGGUGAUGGCGGCUCAAGUUGCUUUGAGAAGACAACAAGCUCAAGAAGAAAACGAGGCUAGGGAAUUGGGAAUAUUGUUUCCUUCGCCGCUUCAACAAGGUGUUGGAGAAAGUGCCGUGCAUCCACCCCCUGUUACCAAUCCAUCUGAACUUGCUAUUCCUCCAGUGUUGCAAAGAAGUACAUUCACCACAACAUCCGAAUCCUCGGAAACUUCCAGUCCAACUUCUAAGAGGCCAAGAAUCAAUGUAGAAGAUUGUCAUUUAGAAGAAUCUGAUUCGGACCAAGAAGAAAUAAAAAGAAGUCAACAGUCUUCUCCGUCAAACCCUCCAACUGCUCCUUUGAUUACAUCUCCUUCGCCUGAUCCCGUAACAAGUCCGGAUCCAGAUUUGGAUGUUGAAGAAGAUACUCAAACUGAAGCACCUGAAAAUUUGUCUGUAAAAAGAGAGAAGCCUCCAAGCCCGGAAACUCCUCCACACCAACAAGCAUCGAAUUUCAUGCCAUACCAGCAUCCUUUUGGACAGUUUCCCCCUCAGUAUCAGUCGCCGUAUUCUCAAAGAAGUCCAAUAGAUGUCCUCAUGAGAGUAUUUCCAGGACGAAGAAGAUCAGACGUAGAGGCUAUUUUACAAAGAUGUAAAGGAGACGUGCUGCAAGCAAUGGAGCUGAUGGUGAGUGGUUCCCACGAAGAUCUAUCAACACCAUCAGCUUUCUCUCCUCUUGGUCCUCCAACAAACUUCCACCGAUAUAGUCCUUCUAGGAGAUUUUUAUCAGCCCCAUAUGCUGGUACGGGAUACCUACCAACAGUGAUUCGACCUCCAACAGACUAUCUAUCAUUAAUAGGUCCCGUUCCGGAUUUGUACAAGAAUGAAAGUACCACCGCUUCUUCUCCGGGCUCCAAUACGGGUUCGGAUAAGACAAGUUAUUCGGAAUAGUCCACAUUGUUCAAUGGUAGGUGUUUCAAACAUAAAUAAAGGAGGAUAGUAAGAUAUUUUUUUGUACAUUUUUUGACCAAUUUAUGUAUAUAUAUAUAGUUGUUGUUUUUUUAGAUAGAGUAUUUUCAAUAAAUAGGUGUUAUAUAUGCGACGUUUAUAAGAAGAAUGAUCUUGUAUAUUUUUUUCUAGUACAAUAGUAGUUUUCUUCCUGAAAAUUAGCUGACUUGGCUCUAUUAAUCUUUUUUUGAUAUAAUAUAAUUUAAGCAAGCCUGAAUAUUAAAUAAAAAACAUGACAACAAAUAAUUGUUUAGAAUUGUACUAUCGGUCGGUUCUACAUAAAUUUAAUUAUUUUUUUUCAGAUUAAUGAAUAUUUAUAAAUAUAGGAUAUGAUUUUCGGACAUCUUCUUUGGUAAAGAAUUUUCAUCAUACUUCGGUUGUUUUACGAUAACGUGCAUAAAUCAGCGUUAACUAAGGGUUCUUUGGCAAAUAAAUGUUUUUCUAUAAUAAUAGUUCGAUUUAUCAAUGGCUCCACAUUCUUUUGCAGAUAAGAGAUAGAGCUAAACCCAAAAUCUACAUUUCGGCAAAUUAUAUGAGAUUCUAAUGCAAUCCCAGCCGUCUCAAAAAGGCUUUGAUCUUCCAUGAUGCAGAUUAUCUACCCUCCAUAUUACAGUAAUUAGUGACAAAUGGCACACAUUUUUUUCAAACAUAUAAAAAAUUCGAAUAAUUGUGAUAAUUGCCCGUUUUAGAAACCUUCUUCUACAUCAAAAAUACUCAAACAUUUAGUUUUCCACAAUAUUCUUAUGACUAUAACUAUUUCAAGCCGAAGUAGUCCAUGAAGGUAAGAAUAAUUAAUGUUAUGAUUGUUCAAGCAAAAUGACUUUGCAACGGAGCAUUGAGGAUAACGCUUAGGUUUUCCCUUUCCAAGUUUUUCUCACAAAAUGCCAUAAUUUUCUCCACCUAGCAACAUUUUGAGAAUGUUAGAUGAUUUCCUUGAUAUAGAAGUUAUAUAACGAUGAAAUUCGAUAUAUCAACAUAGUAUGAUAAUGACUUUUAUUAUACAGAGUGAAACAAAAUUAUGGGCACGUUUAGUUAUCUCAAAUACAAGGAAAUUUUAGAUUGUAUAGAUUCCAAAUCUAGCAUGGUAAUAUUUCAACACUUUAUAUAUAAUUUCAUGUUGUUAAGAGGGAUUAAAUUUCAAAUUAUACUCAAUUAUUAAUGCUAAUUGUUAAAAUAGUAGACAGAGAAAAAGGUGCGAUUAUUUAAUAUUCAGUUUGGAUAUUAUUAUUUCAAUAGUCUUUUGAUCCACUACGUAUCAACUUAAUUAAUGAUAAUGACUUUAAACAAACUUAAACUAUUCUCAAAUUAAAAUGGAGCCACUUGAAAAAUUCUUAUUAAUAAAUUCUAGACAGGAGUUGAAAAGAGUCCACCCCUGUGUUUUAACCGCGGUAUUAAUAAAUCCACACAGUGGCAAAUGAGGGUAAAAUUACCACAGUUUAAUUCAUACAAUUGAAUCGAGCACACGCCACUGUGUUUACAAUAUAAUUUAUACGAUCUGGUAGCUACAGGCUAACAAUAGAGACCUAAUAACUGGCUUCAUGUAUUCAAUUCAAUACACACAGACAGGGUCGCCCUUUUCCGAUGAAAAGCUAGGGAUGAGACUUGAUUCAUAUGUAUUUUAUAAUUAAAUUUUGAUUUGAUUGUUCGACCGUGAACUCCUCCUAAACUCCCGUCGAUUUUAAUUGUUCCCGUAUAUAGAACUCUAUCGAACGAGAAUUAAAUUCCAACAAUAUUUCGAUUUUGUCAAAUUUUAGAUAGUCUUUUGUUCUUCAAACUAUUAUUAUCUCCAAAAAAUUUUACGCUUUUCUUAUACGAAAACACGACGAAACUGAUGAACCAAUUUUCUGUUUUUUCACUUACAUCAUUCUUUAUAAACCGUAUAACAGAGAGAGCUAACGUUUCCACUUUCCACGAAAUUAUACAAAAUAACUACUAUAAACCAAAUACAUACGAGGAUAUAUUGGAAAAUUCUUAGCCUACUAUAGAAUCAAACAAAAUUUCAAUUCUCCUCCUAAUUGGAUACAUUUAUUACAGCGAACCUGCAACGUCUCUAGACCUCCCAAAAAAAAUGUUUCUUCUUGAUCUGCAAACCAGACCCCCACAGCUUUUAUUACCUCCUCGUUGGAAGAAACUUUGUUUCAGUUGAGGAAAGAGAUGAUAGUCGGACGGAGCCAAAUCUGUUGAUUAAGGGUGGUGUUCUAGUAAUUCAAACCCUAAAUCACGAAUUUUUUGCAUGGCAACAUGAGAUUUGUGUGCAGGGGCGUUGUCUUACAAAAACAAAACACCUUUGGAUAGCUUUCCGUGUCUUUUCUCAUUAAUUUUUUCCCGUAGACUGCUCAGUAAUGUCGAAUAGUAAUCUCCAGUUAUUGUUCUAUCCUUAUCCAAAAAAUCAAUCAUGAUUAUUCCAUGGCAAUCCCAAGAAACUGAAGCAAGAACUUUUCCAGCAGAUUUUUGGGCACGAAACUUCUUAGGCGACACUCUGGUUCUCCAGAGUGUCGCCAUUCCGUUGAUUGUUCCUUCCCGAUCGGUCAGCAUCUUCAAUGGAAAAUUUACCUCUUUUGAAGCUUGUAGUCCAAUUUUUCACGGUCGCAUGCGAAGGAAAUUGAUCACCAAGGGUAUUAAGCAUAUCUUCGUAAAUCUGCUUACUUGAUGAUGGCUCGUUACUCCAAUUUUUCGAUUCUCACAAUUUCGGUGGUGGACAUAUUUUUUGUUUUAAUUUAUUGCGUAACUCUGGUCUACUUUUUUGACGUCAAACUUUUCGCAAUAUUUUGUUUAUGCAUGGAACUGGUCUAGGCUAACUAGAUAUCGAUACAUCCUCGUAUUAUAUUUUUGUCACUAAAGAUAAGA